CUACAACCCCAGGAAAGAGGCAGAUGAUAUGGCAGCUUUGUGAGCGUCCAGGUGGAACUUGCUUUGUUAAUACGGUUAAACAUUUGAAUAUGAAAACGUUUUAACGCUAAAGCGGCGACAGAGCAGUUGCUCGAAAUGAUUUACUUGAUAUUAAUUUCCGCGUUCUCUGGAGCAGUCAUUACAUUGAUAUUACAGUUCUUGCUUAUUUACCGAAGAAGCCCGGAGCCUGUAGCCAGGACAGUGCAAUAUGUCAAAACAGUGCCUGAUCCCACAUUGAAGGAUUACUUCAAUAAUCAACAUGCAGAACCAGGUCAGCAACAACAAGAAAACAUACUAUCUACUUCAUCCAAACAGCAAGAGGCCAUCUCUCCAAGGCAACAGGAAGCGACUGUCACCAGCAGUAGCCCUAAACAACAUUCGCCACCGCCUUGUCAAAGCGAGCCCAUCCACACCUCCAAACCAGAGACGUGCAAUUUUCUAAAUGCAAUCUUUUUGUUUCUAUUCAGGGAGCUCCGCGACACCCCAGUUGUUAGACACUGGUUGACCAAAAAGAUUAAAGUGGAGUUCGAGGAGCUAUUACAGACCAAGACAGCAGGUCGACUGUUGGAGGGACUCAGUUUAAGGGACAUUUCCCUAGGUAAUUCUUUGCCUGUCUUUAAAACGGCCAAACUUAUGAAGCCGGUGAAUUUAAACGAGGAUGGUAUGCCAGAGGAACUAAAUUUCGAGGUGGACCUUGAAUACAAUGGAGGUUUCCAUUUGGCAAUUGAUGUAGAGCUCGUUUUUGGAAAAUCUGCGUACCUGUUCGUCAAGAUGACUCGUGUAGUUGGAAGGCUGAAGCUGCAAUUUACUCGCAUGCCUUUUUCGCACUGGUCCUUUUCAUUUCUUGAGGACCCACUGAUAGACUUUGAGGUGAAGUCUCAGUUCGAAGGAAGGCCGUUGCCUCAGCUCACGUCAAUUAUUGUCAACCAGUUGAAACGAAUCAUCAAAAAGAAACACACCUUGCCAAAUUACAAGAUCAGAUACAAGCCCUUCUUCCCGUUCCAAGUGCAGCCUCCUUUGGGGUCAGCCUGUGAUUUGGACUUCUCCGUUCAGGACGCCAAAUUGGUGGAGGGCCGACUGAGAGUAUCCCUCAUUGAAUGUAGCAGACUGUUUAUCCUGGGCUCUUAUGACAGAGAGACCUACGUCCACUGCACCUUUGAACUGAGCAGCCAUGAGUGGAAAGAGAAAACUCGCAGCUCCAUCAAAACGACUGAGGUGAUCAAGGGACCUUCUGGCAGUGUGGGGAUGACCUUCAGACAUGUCCCAGCCAGCGAAGGUGACGCGGUUCAUGUGAGCAUCGAGACCAUUACCCCCAACUCCCCUGCCGCCCAGGCAGACCUGCAGAAAGGCGAUCGUCUCAUUGCCAUUGGAGGUGUUAAAGUGACAUCCUCUGUUCAAGUGCCCAAAUUGUUGAAACAGGCAGGGGACCGGGUACUGGUCCUGUAUGAGAGGCCUGUGCGUCACCAGUCCUCUGCAGUGGGUGGCUUGGCCCCCCUCCAGGAGGGGCUGUCCCAGCUGGACGAGCCCAGUUUCAUCCCAACACCUGGAGGCUACGAAGAAGACCCGGCUCCCAUCACAACUCUCUCUGACAUAUCUGACAGCAAAGACAUGGACUCUGAGUAUGAGGACUUGAGUGUGGACCCCAGGCCUAGCCAGGUUAGUGGUGGUGGCACUGAAACCAAGGAAGACUUCUUACUGGCUGUAAACCAAAGCCCCAAAAGAACUGUGGUCAACCUGGCUUCUAAGCCUCUUGGCAGCAUAUCGCCCCUUCUUAACCGCAGACUCAACCUGGCUGGCCUCCAGUCCCCACUUAAACCCCAACCCAAAGACUUACCAAAGCCUUCGCCGCACAAGAGCAGUGGAGAGCCUGGGGAGGGACUACAACGGCCCUCUAUUCCUCCCCCACCCCCGCCUUCUCGCCCCCCUGUGCCCCCAAGACCCCAAAUCAAAUUGACGUCAACAUCUUCUGAAACCCAAAGUCUGUUUGAGGUAGGUGAUGGUAGUACCACAACUGCCACAACUUGGUCUGAGAAAUCUCCAGAAAAGACUCAAGGGACAGGAAGCAAUGAUGACAAGGCCAGCGCUGAGAAGACACCUGUCAAACAGCCUGAUUCAAAGCUUACAGUCAAGGUGCCUGAGCCUUGUGAAGACCCGCCAGCUGCCCCUUUGGUACCCAGCAGCAGCAAGUUGGACUUGGCCAAAGACAAGAUGUCAGAGAGCUCCUGUACUACACGGGACAGCAUGGAGGACAACUCACUUUGGGAGUCUUCGGAAAUCAUGUUCCGUAACCAGACAGCCCGCUGGGCCAAAGCCGCUGUAGUGUUUGAGGUUGAAAGCAACCAUAAGUACCUUAACGUGGCCCUGUGGUGCAAGGACCCCUUCAAGCUGGGCAGCCUGCUGUGUUUGGGCCAUAUCAGCCUAAGGCUGGAGCACGUUGCUUUGGAGUGUCUGUCCACAUCUUCCUCAGAAUACCAGAGCACCUUCAGGCUGUGUGCUCCAGAACCCAGAGCAAGCGUCAGUCGCACGGCCCUGCGCAAUCUCAGCACCCACAAGGGCUUCAAUGAGAAGCUGUGCUAUGGAGAUGUCACUAUCAACUUCUGCUAUCUCGGUGAGGGUGAGACUGAGCUGCCUGGCCGGCUGUUGGAAGGGGAGAGGGAGGGCAGUUUCCUGGAUGAGGAGCUAAGGGACAGGGACAGGGAGAGAGAGAGGGAACAGUUGUCCUCGACACCUCGAGAUGAACUGGCCUAUGGUUCCAUGCAGCUGGUGGAGGUCCGUCACAAUUUCCAGGACACUCAGUUCCAGAACCCCACCUGGUGUGAGUACUGCAAGAAGAAAGUCUGGACCAAGGCAGCCUCCCAGUGCAUGAUCUGUUCCUACGUCUGCCACAAAAAGUGCCAGGACAAGUGCCUCGCCGAGAACCCGUUGUGUGUAGCAGCCACUGAUCGCCGGGGUGCUGACCCAGAGGCAAAGUCCACCAUCAACCGCGCCACCACAGGCCUCACGCGUCACAUAAUCAACACCAGCUCCCGUCUGCUUAACCUCCGCCAGGUACCCAAGACGAGGUUGGCAGAACAGGCUGCCGAUGUCAUACCAGGUGUUGCGGAGCCUUCGCCCAAGCACACUCCGAACACCUCAGACAAUGAGAGCAGCGACACUGAAAACUACUCUGGCGCUAGCCCUUCCAAGCUGCCAGCUAGUGGUGGAGGCAGUGGUGCCAGCACCAAACUAGUUCGAAGGGAAGGUGGACUGGACGACAGCGUGUUUAUCGCCGUAAAGGAGAUCGGACGGGACCUCUACCGGGGCCUACCCACUGACGAACGUUCUCAGAAGCUGGAGUUGAUGCUGGACAAGCUGCAGCAGGAGAUCGACCAGGAGCUAGAGCACAACAACGCUCUUAUGCUGGAGGAGAGGGAGGCAGAGGAUGCCAGGCGGAAGGCCUUGAUCACUGCCGCCCUGGCCAAGUCUGGUGAGAGACUCCAAGCUCUAACCCUGCUCAUGAUCCACUACCGGGCAGGCAUUGAAGACCUUGAGUCUGUAGAGAGUACCUCACCCUCUGAGCAGCAUGGCUUCAAGGCUAAAGGGGUUGCUCUUGAGGAGGCCCUGAUGGAGGCUGAAGCCUAUGACAGUGACACAUGCAGUCCUGUAGAGGCACAGAUGCUGGAUGACAUCACAGAGGAACAGAUCUGUGUAGAGGCGCUUCAUUAAAAAUGGAUAGGCUGAUUUGGAUAGGCUUUGGGCUUGGGACUCACAGCAAAACCUUUUAAAGAUUUUUCUAUUUUGUCGUUGGGGUUUGGGGACAGAUUUCUUUGGUUGGGCAUGCGAUAUUUCUCAAAUUAAAUGAUGCUUGAUUUAAGGCUUACUAUCCCUCCAUCCAGUUUUCUCUAUAGUUGGUUCAGCAAGACAAUGUAUGCUCCAGAAGACUGCAAUUUAAUGUACUCAAGUCAGUUAUUUUAAAGGGAAGAUGCAAGGUCAUGUCACCUGUUUGAAUCCACUUUGACUGUCUUCCAAAACAUUCGUAAAUGUGUAGUUAAAAUUGGCAAAGAAACAAAUGUACUGAUUUUUCCAGAAUUUUGGUUAAUUUGUUUCAUUUCAAAAGCACCUUUAAAACCAAAAAUCUAUUUUCUUACUGCUUGAAAUGUGAACGUAAUAUGGUAUUUAGUCUUUAAAUCUUACAGUAGUUUUGUUCUUACCCCCCCUCUGUUACAGUAAAGGCCUGUGCUUUCCAUUCUCUAUUUUAGUCUACAGUAUUUGUUUUAUCGCUCUGUUAUGUAUGCUGUGAAUCACAAGCCCAUGGGUAUCUUUAGACACGGCAACAUACCGUGAGUCUACAGAGGGAUUACAGUGCAAAAUGCAGAAAGCAAGUCCACCAUAUAGACUUUUUCCAUGGAUUGUGUACUUUUCAUAAGACUUCAUUACCUUCUAUAAUGUUUUUUCCCUGGAUUUUGCAAACUAUGUGACUUCAACCCUCUUCUUGGACCUUUUAGAAUAUCCAUAAAGUGAAGGUAAUAAAUAUGAUGGAUAAGAAUAAGUGGAAUCAGAUAAGUUAGUACCUCCAUUGUUGGUUUACUUUAUUUUUAUUUAUGAGGCCAAACAUGUAGGAUUGUCUGUGACCAUCGUUUAACGAUCGUUUAGCAAACAAAAGACAGCGCUAAUGCUGUUUCCCCUUCAUUUAAAGUGUUUUUUCAUAAACUGUUUUUUUUUCUGUCUUUUGUUGGCGGGUGGGGAGGGGGUUCACAGUUGUAAUAGUCAGGUAAAGUUGUGUUCCAACAGAGAAAUAAUUUGAUAACAAAUGAUUUGAUAGUUUGUUUUUUUACGUUUUUGUUUCAUUCCUAAUCCGCCUAAGAAAUCAUGGUGAUUGUGUGACUAUGUUUUAUAAACUCACGUGAUGGAAGAGGAUAGGAUGGAGUCACUUAAUCAUACUUGAGUUCAAAUGCUUGCUGUUUAAAAGGCAUAUUGACCAAUGCAAAUUGUGUAUGUAUCUAAGGCAGAGGGAUCAUUUAUAUGGUUAAUUUCUGAAUCAAUGUUCACACACUGAUCUCUUUUUUGUUAUUGUAUACAUCACAAAAUUACAGUUGGUAAUUUGGUGAUAGUGUGGGGUUGAAUGAAUGCUCAGAGCUUGAUGGUGGGAUUGUGUUUUUGCAUUUUUAAAGUUCUAUCACGUAGAAAUGAAUGUAGGCCACUUACUAUUUACGUGUAUAUAAUGUUCUGCACAAAGCAAGACUCCCAAACGCCCCCUGACCUAACCCCUGUAUACUUGGUGUGGACCAUUAAAGAGAUGUUCUCAUUCACAGCCAAAUCGUACAUUAAUAUUACAACUGCAGUUAGCCACCAGGGGAAAAUUAUUGUUAAGAAAUGAAUGCAAAUGCAAACCCUCUGGCUAUACAACAACCAUGCCUGCUAAGUCUUUACACAUGAAACAAGUUAAGGCCCGUUGAUAUCACAGUGCUUUUAAUGUCUGUGCUGCUACUGCUUUAUCUGACCAAUUAGGUUCAGUCAGACAGGACACAAGAUAAAAGAAUAGAGACUUUGAGGGGAUAGACAGCAACGCCACAUUUAUUUUCUUUGCAAUAGACGUAAUGCUCUUGUGGAUACUGGAUAGACUACUAUACUUGUCACUCUCUUCAAUCGUUUGUAUAUUCAGAUUUUUUUGGUGCAAUAUUUUUGUAGGUAAACCUGAUAAUCAGGAAGGGAUUUUUUUUUUUUUGUAGUUUCUUUUUUUUCCUGUUUCUCUCCCAUACGUACUGUCUUUCCCAUGUCACAGUUAGUCUGGUGUCUUGAAUUUCCUGGUCUGGUAUUAAGGGUAUAAGAGGACUUCAGUAAAGACAAAACAAUUUAUCUUAUCCUAUGCUACUAUUGCUGCUGCUGCCGUUGUACAAUGUGUUCUUCAAACCCAGUUAUCACAUGCUUCUGAACCUUCUCCUUCCCAUGUUUCAGUGUGUUAAGAGUGUCUGCCAUGGCCUUCUGCCAUUGAGGUGUUCUUGUUUUGUAAGAGGAAUGUUGUAUACAGUUCUGAUGGCUUGUGUGAUGAAGUGCUAUUGUACAUAGCCUAAAUAAACAUGCUCACCUGGGAAUAAUGUAAA